AAAUGACAGUGUGACUCGACAGACGCUGUUGUGGGCAGCAGCUAGCAUUAGUAAAAAAUGGAGAAAUACAGGAGGAAGACCGCAGAGGACCUAAUCAAACUGCUCGUACCACCUAAACCGUCAAGACGAUCGUCAGGCAGGCCAGUGGCACCAGCUGGAGCCAGUGUGUUAUCUUAUCAGGAGGGCAACUCCAAGCACCUGAGUGCAUUGUACGAUCCCAACUGUGCGGAUUCAUACUUUUAUCAGUGCUUCUCUAAUCCAUUAAAAAUUGGAGAAGGCUCAUAUGGUAUUGUAUACAAAGUGAUAAGCAAAGAGGAUGGUGUGACAUAUGCUGUGAAGAAGUUCAAGAAUAAGAUAAAUAGUGAGUCUCAGUGGAAGAAAUAUGCAAGAGAAAUAAGGAACCAUGAACUGAUUCCAUGCCAUGACAACAUUGUUAAGCUGUAUGUUGCUUGGCAAGAGGCAGAUUAUAUAUAUAUGCAGAUGGAGUGGUGCCAAGAAACUCUAGAACAUUUUGGUGUCAGAUGCUUCCCUAUUCCAGGGGAAACACUUUGGAGUAUUCUGUUAGAUGUAACACUGGGUUUGAAACACCUGCAUGACAAUGAUUUACUACACAUUGACAUCAAACUUGAAAAUAUAAUGAGAAGUUCUACAGGAUGUUGGAAAAUAGGCGAUUUUGGCCAUCUUAUUGACUUAUCCCAGGGACCAAUUAAAGAUGUAACAGAAGGUGAUGCAAAAUACCUUGCGCCUGAAUUGUUACUUAAUAACUGUCCUGUAACAAAGGCCGCCGACAUAUUCAGCUUAGGAAUAUGUUUCCUCGAGUUGUCAUGCAAUAUAUUGCUACCAUCACAAGGCGACUUAUGGCAUGAGCUCAGAGAAGGCAUAUUUCCUGUCGAAGAAGCUAAACAUUUGACUGCUGAAUUCUAUUGCCUAAUAAAAUCAAUGAUGCAUCCAAAUUUCAAAGAGCGUCCUAGUGUGAAUGAUAUUUUGCAUGCACCCAGCCUGAGGAAGUUGUACGAGAUGAAGACACCACGUCCAACAGUGAGUGCAACUCGAGGUAUGUCAUCGUGUCAUUUACAGAAGAAAUUGAGGACGUAUGCUUCCUGUGAUUCCAUCACUCGUAACGAAGCAAGUGAGGUGCAACAUGACACCUCAUAUGCAGCAACUGGAAGAAGACCACAGAAAAAGAAGGAAAGUAGCAGCCAAGAAUUUGCUGUCCUAUUUGAACACAAACUAACAAACUAAAAGCUGACUAUUUUAGUACAAUAUACUAGUGCUGUGGCUGUGAUUGAGAUACUGAAAGGAAAUCUAAUUUCUUACUCUUCUGAUGUGCAGUAUAAGAAACUUUUGUAACAUAAUAUGUUUGGGCAAUUUUGCCCAUUUUACCAUAUAAAAUGGAAGACUGUUCUGUAUAUAUAAGAUGUU